GUCUAUGUUGUUGUUUGUGGCGGUAAGAUGGCGGCGCUCGGAGACACCUCAACUCCGGCGGUUAACGGGUUAAUACAACAAUUUACAGCAAUAACAGGGGCCACAGAGAGCGUAGGGAAGCACAUGCUUGAAGCGUGCAACAAUAACCUGGAGAUGGCAGUGACCAUGUUCCUGGAUGGAGGUGGGAUGGCGGAGGAGCCCAGCACCAGUUCCAGUUCAGCAGCAUCAAGCAGCAGAGCUCCCCCMACAGAUGAAGUGCGAGCACCCAUUCCCCAGAAGCAGGACAUACUGGUGGAGCCAGAACCCCUGUUUGGAGUGCCAAAGCGAAGACGACCUGCUCGAUCAAUAUUUGACGGCUUCAGAGACUUUCAAACAGAAACAAUCCGCCAGGAACAGGAGCUGCGUAACGGAGGAACGGUGGAUAAGAAACUCAGCACCCUGGCAGACCUUUUCCGUCCUCCCAUUGAACUCAUGCACAAAGGCAGCUUUGAGACGGCGAAAGACUGCGGACAGCUCGAAAACAAGUGGCUAAUGAUCAACAUUCAGAACGUUCAGGACUUUGCGUGCCAGUGUCUCAACAGGGACGUGUGGAGUAACGACGCGGUGAAGAACAUCAUCCGAGAACACUUCAUAUUCUGGCAGGUGUAUCAUGAUAGUGAAGAAGGACAAAGGUACAUCCAGUUCUAUAAGUUGAACAAGUUUCCUUAUAUUUCCAUCCUUGAUCCACGCACAGGUCAAAAAAUGGUGGAGUGGAACCAGCUGGAUGUGGCGUCGUUCCUGGAGCAAGCAUCCAGCUUCCUAGCGGAGCAUGGGCAGCUCGACGGGCCUUCCUGCCACGCACCCCCUGCCAAACGAGCUCGCUCAGAGAGUCUUAUUGAUGCCAGCGAAGACAGCCAGCUGGAGGCAGCGAUCCGAGCCUCCUUACAGGAGACCCACUACGAGUCCUCAAAUGUCCCCGACGUCCCMGACUCCCCUCGAUCAGAGGAGGAAUCGGACGCGGAGCCGUUUUCUGACAGCGAGGGACCCAUCUCCGUCGACGGCUCAGACAGCGAAACGCCAGCGCCGCACGAAGAGAAGAGUUCAGCCAGCAAACAGACACUUCCCCCCUCGGCCACCGCAGCCCAGCAGCGCCUGCAUCCAGACAGCUCCACUUCUUCCCACAGAAAGUCUCCGUACAAAGAAAACAAUCACAGCCACAAGAAAGAGGAGAGCAAAAAAAACCACCUGGAGCCCUCGUCUGCUGGUUCUCAUCAUCCACAGCCGGAUGCAGACUCUGGGGGGAACCACUGCACCUCACAAACCAAAAGYGCUGGAACCUCCAUCAUCAGCACCACAACCUGUGAAGUGGACUGUCCUGAUGAUAAUGGCCCCAAAGCGAGGUUGAUGCUCCGUUACCCAGAUGGGCAGAAAGAACAAAUUUCUUUGUCUUCAAAAGCAAAACUUUUGGCUCUGGUUAGACACGUCCAAUCCAAGGGUUACCCCAACGAACGCUUCGAACUCGUCACCAACUUUCCCAGGAGGAAGCUCACCCACUUGGACUAUGACAUCACGCUGCAAGAGGCGGGACUUUGUCCACAGGAAACUGUAUUUGUGCAAGAGAGGAACUAGAAACAUUCACUUCCUGCUUCUCUGUAUCUCUGGAAGACCUCACCUUUUCACCAACGUUUUGGGCCGAUGAGACCAGUMCCUGGAAGUAAGUCUGGUGUUUUUGCCAGGACAGGUGUUGAAGAAAGGACGACUUUCACUGCUACUCCGCUAGUCUCCAUACUGACGUCCUCACUGACAGCCUAAUCCCUUUUGUAGUGCUGUACAUUUUGGCCAGUAAGGUGUUACCAAUGUCAGCACUUUUUUUUAGUUUUUAUUUUAUUUUUAUUAUUAUUAUUUUGUUUUUCUCUAUAUUAGUAUCUAACUUGAUCUAGCUCGCUUCUUGGAAAUCAGGACACAUUUCUGUUAAAGAAAGCCUCACUUAUUGAUGUAGGGUCACAUACCAGAGACUUGUACAAAAUACCUCCCAGAAAAGACGGUAAAUAUCAGAGUUUAUUUUCUAUAUCGUUUUUUGCUUUGUUUUUAUUUCCAUACAUGGAAAACUAAAGGGAGGUUGUUUUUUUUUCUGGCUCUGUUUCAACUAUUGUAAUUACUUGGAAGGAAAGAGGAGUUGGGGUGAAAAAGAUCCAAAAAAUAGCAAUUCAACAAUAAAAUGUACUUUUUUUAAUACCGAAUUGAACGAAUGGAAGGUGGUUCAUCUCAUCGGUUGGACCUGCACUGUACAGACACGGAUUAGAGAAACUGAUAUUUAGCUGUAGUCAUUGUUUUCUUUUUUUAUAUGCUGCCAAGAAAAUAUGCUGAUGUUGAAAUAUAACCACCGAAAACCCAAGA